GUGAUAUGUACGUUUUGUUGUUUCUGGAAAACCUGGGAAUUUGGGGAAAGUUACUAGAAUUUUGCAACCCUAGUUUUGUUGAAGUCAAACACUUUCCUCUUUAUUAUCCUCAGCCUUCAGCUGGUUAUCAGGGAGGAGUGGUUAUCAGCCUUCAGCUGGUUAUCAGGGAGGAGGAGUUAUCAGCCUUCAGCUGGUUAUCAGGGAGGAGGGGUUAUCAGCCUUCAGCUGGUUAUCAGGGAGGAGGGGUUAUCAGCCUUCAGCUGGUUAUCAGGGAGGAGGGGUUAUCAGCCUUCAGCUGGUUAUCAGGGAGGAGGGGUUAUCAGCCUUCAGCUGGUUAUCAGGGAGGAGGAGUUAUCAGCCUUCAGCUGGUUAUCAGGGAGGAGGGGUUAUCAGCCUUCAGCUGGUUAUCAGGGAGGAGGGGUUAUCAGCCUUCAGCUGGUUAUCAGGGAGGAGGGGUUAUCAGCCUUCAGCUGGUUAUCAGGGAGGAGGGGUUAUCAGCCUUCAGCUGGUUAUCAGGGGGGAGGGUUAUCAGCCUUCAGCUGGUUAUCAGGGAGGAGGGGUUAUCAGCCUUCAGCUGGUUAUCAGGGAGGAGGGGUUAUCAGCCUUUCGGCUGGUUAUCAGGGAGGAGGGGUUAUCAGCCUUUGGCUGGUUAUCAGGGAGGAGGGGUUAUCAGCCUUCGGCUGGUUAUCAGGGAGGAGGGGUUAUCAGCAUUCGGCUGGUUAUCAGGGAGGAGGGGUUAUCAGCCUUCGGCUGGUUAUCAGGGAGGAGGGGUUAUCAGCCUUCGGCUGGUUAUCAGGGAGGAGGGGUUAUCAGCCUUCGGCUGGUUAUCAGGGAGGAGGGGUUAUCAGCCUUCGGCUGGUUAUCAGGGAGGAGGGGUUAUCAGCCUUCGGCUGGUUAUCAGGGAGGAGGGGUUAUCAGCCAUCGGCUGGUUAUCAGGGAGGAGGGGUUAUCAGCCUUUGGCUGGUUAUCAGGGAGGAGGGGUUAUCAGCCUUCGGCUGGUUAUCAGGGAGGCGGGGUUAUCAGCCUUCAGCUGGUUAUCAGGGAGGAGGGGUUAUCAGCCUUCAGCUGGUUAUUAGGGAGGAGGGGUUAUCAGCCUUCAGCUGGUUAUCAGGGAGGAGGGGUUAUCAGCCUUCAGCUGGUUAUCAGGGGGGAGAGGUUUAUUUGGUUAGUAGGAUCCCCAUUAGCUUUUGCAGAAGCAGCAGCUGCUCUUCCUGGGGUCCACAAGAUACACAAAACAUGACAAGUAACAAAACACUGAUACCCAAGGAAAGUCACAAAUUUAAAAUACUACAAUAUUCAAACAAUGCAACUAAAAAAAUCAUACAAACAAUACAACUAAAAAAUAAUGUGUGUGUUAGAGUGUGUCUGUGUGUGUGUGUGUUAGAGUGU